CUAAUAGCAAUAAAAGUUCUUAUUAAGUUAAGCCAGGUAACUACGUACUAGCUAUGAGCUUUCUUAACCUCCUUGAACGUGGCUGUUCUAGUGCAAAAGCCAAAACCAGUGGCAAAAGGAAGUUUCCUUUCCCCAUUUCAAAACGCUCAUCAAGACAUUCACAAAUCAAAGAACGGUUGCAGAGGAAGGUAGCCAUGAAGAAUAUAAGGCAGAGCAUGAAGAGAUUGAAAAGGGAGAUGGAGGAGAUUAGUGACGAACAGAGAAGCAUAAGGGAAGGGCAGAAACUAGCUAGGGAAAAAUUUCAGGAAAUGGAGGAAGAAUGUAAGCAGCUCCGGGAGGAGACGAAGAUGAUAAGGAUGCAAGGGAGAAGCACCCAACUCCGCCUUGCUCUCAUGUUCCAAAUCCUUAAAGCCAGGGAGAACAACGACCUUCCCAGAGCCACUGAGUUGACUCGAUUUCUGCGUGAACUGAUUGCCAAUCAGAACAGGCAAAAUUAAGUCUUCCCAAGUUGUUCUGUAGGUUGUUGCUAUCAAAGGUAAGAACUGUAUCUUUAAUAUGUAUCUGUGAAUCAAAGUCGUGCAAUUUUCUUUCAAGAAAGGAAGCUACGCAUGCAGUGUUUUGGAUGCUAUAUGUCUGUUUUGUCUCCAUGUCUUGGGAGUUUAGGAGAGGUUAUGCGACUUUGCUCUGUAAUGGUAAAUGUUUUGAAAGCCGAACCGUUUUGGCUUCUGAUUUCUGGUUUAGUUGAUCCAACCGGUUGGAUGAUAAAUAGUGUGUUUGGUAUGGAAAUGAAUUUCCUUUCUAAAUAAAUUAACUUGGGAAAU